AUGGAGCUAAUGGACAGUCUCCACUCGCAGCAAACGGGGGACCUGAUGAGUUCCUCGCACUCUCGCCCCUCGCCGCCUCCUCGGAGCCUGGUGUCCCACAGUGCACGCUCUUCAGCCAUGGUGUCGGGGAUGGCUUCGCUGUUGGAUGGAGGUGCCAGCGGAGACUACAGAACUGACCCAUCCGCGCUGCCUGCACACCUUCACGGCCCGUCCAUCAGCAUGUGCGACUCGGGCAUGAGUCUGAGCAACACGUACACGACACUUACCCCGCUGCAGCAUCUGCCCCCGAUCUCCACGGUGUCUGAGAAGUUUCACCACCCGCAUCAUCAUCACCACCAACGGCUGUCCAGCAACGUGAGCGGCAGUUUUACGUUGAUGCGAGACGACCCCCGCGGACUGGCUUCCAUGGGUAACCUCUACAGCCACUAUCCCAAAGACAUGUCAGGCAUGGGCCACAGUUCACUGUCGCCACUGUCCAGCGGCUUAGGUUCUUUGCACAGCGCGCAGCAGCCGCUCUCUGCAUACGGACAGAGCUCGCAUCUUUCCACAGAGGCUAAGAUGCUUCCCCCGAGCUUUGAGUCCCACGCGUCUUUGCUCUCCAGAAGUGACCAAGAGCACCUGGCUCGGAGUUUAGGCGGCCACAGUCACGGCAUGAUCUCCAACUUGAACGGCAUGCACCACCACCCGCACAGUCACCUCCACACGCAGUCUAAUGGAGCGGCGAUGGAGAGGCACCACCACACACCGUGCGGACAGGGGACAGCCGGGUCGGGGAUCCAAGCAGAAGAGAUCAAUACGAAGGAAGUAGCACAGCGGAUAACGGCAGAGCUGAAGAGGUACUCCAUCCCACAGGCCAUUUUUGCGCAAAGGAUCCUCAGCCGCUCACAGGGGACACUGUCCGAUCUUCUGCGGAACCCAAAACCGUGGAGUAAACUUAAAUCCGGAAGAGAGACGUUUAGGAGAAUGUGGAAGUGGCUGCAAGAACCCGAGUUUCAACGAAUGUCUGCUCUCCGGUUAGCAGUAGUCCGUCCAGGGCGCGAGAGGGCCCGUCUCACCGCACACAAAGCCCGAUCUCAGCAGUCUGUCCAGGCGUCGGCUAGCAGCAGCACGGUGCGCUCGCUCCCGAGCUCUGCUCCCCAGUGCCACAGACACACGUGCGCGUCCACACACACCUCGGGCUCGCGGAUCGAUGGGAAUCGAUAUGGUGGGGAAGGGAGCCCUGAUUACUGGACCACGUGUUCGGGAGAAAACCGCGGAAAAUCGAUCAUUGCAGCUUUUUAG